UCUUAAGUCACUUCAAAUGCUAUCCGCGGACGGGCGGCUCAUUGUCAGGAGAGUUGCAGCUCGAGCAGGAGGGAGAGAACGCAGGUACAACAGCAGCAGCAGUGGCGGCAGCAGCAGCACUUCAUCCACAGCAUCACAGAAACACACUCCACUACACUCAGCCGAGAGAAAAUGGAGAAGGACGGAGUGAGUUUCCCACCAGCAAGAAGUCCUCCUCUCAGAGACGAGCUAAGACAAGCUUCUCAGCACAGUUUCUAUCUGAGCCCUUCUCCGCUCUACAUUAAGCCCUCGAAAUUCUCCCCUCCCAGAUACCCCAGCAUGUCACCCACCAGAGACUCCUACAGCACGUUCAGCCUGCCUGCUUUCUUUCCCAUGAUGGGCCCCACUUAUAUACAAAAAGAAGGAUCCCAAAAACGCAAAAGAACUCCUUUCAAAAUGGACGACCAAGGAGAUGAACCCGCCAACAGAGGAGAGGAGGAAGAGGAGGAGGAGGAAAGGCGAAGUAAGACAACUUUGGACCUGGACCACAAUCCUUUCUCCCUCCCACCUCUUCCUGUUCCUUCCCCAUCUCCAAAACUCAUCCCUGGUAUGAUUGAGCUGAACAGACUGCAGCUCCACCACAGAUCACCUGGCAUCAAUCUACCUGUGCAGGUCAAACAGGAACCUCUCAGUCCCUCCCCUGUUUGGCCUCCUUCUCCUCUCCUCCUCCACCCUCCCUACUUCCCAUCCCUCCACCAUCGCCUCCUCCCCUACCCCUUCUUCAUGCCCGGUCCUGUUAUGCACCUCUCCCCUGGGUCUUUCUACCCAAGAGAGGACCUCCGUGCCAGGCAUCGCAGCCGAGACGGACCUCCCCGGGGUGGGACAACAAGUGCAGAAAAGCUCGGUCUCAACGUCCAUGUGGAUGACAGUUACUACGUUGACGUGGGCGGAGAUCAAAAGAGGUGGAAGUGUCGCAUGUGUGAGAAGUCCUACACCUCAAAGUACAACCUGGUCACGCACAUUCUGGGACACAAUGGCAUCAAACCUCAUGGGUGCCACCUGUGUGGGAAGCUGUUUAAGCAGCUAAGCCACCUGCAUACACAUUUGCUCACACACCAGGGCAUGAGGCCACACAAGUGCCAGGUGUGCCACAAGGCCUUCACUCAGACCAGCCACCUGAAGAGACACAUGAUGCAGCACAGUGAUGUAAAGCCAUACAGCUGCAGUGUGUGCGGCAGAGGUUUCGCAUACCCCAGUGAGCUCCGUGCCCAUGAACUGAAGCAUGAAAAGGGUCAGGAGAACGUGUGUGUGGAGUGUGGCCUGGAUUUCCCCACACUGGCACAGCUGAAAAGGCACCUAACUGUGCAUCGUGGCCCCACUCUGUACAGGUGCACUGAGUGCCAGAAGACUUUCCAGUACCCGAGCCAGCUUCAGAACCACAUGAUGAAACACAAAGACAUCAGACCGUACAUAUGCAGCGAGUGUGGGAUGGAGUUCAUCCAGUCACACCACCUGAAACAGCACACACUCACCCACAAAGGCGUGAAGGAGCACAAGUGUCGCAUCUGUGGUCGUGAGUUCACCCUGUUGGCCAACAUGAAGCGCCAUGUUCUGAUCCACACCAACAUACGGGCCUACCAGUGUCAUAUGUGCUUCAAGAGCUUCGUCCAAAAACAGACCUUAAAGGCUCACAUGAUCGUCCACUCGGACAUCAAGCCAUAUAAAUGCAAGCUUUGUGGGAAAGAGUUCAACAGGAUGCACAACCUAAUGGGCCACAUGCAUCUCCACUCAGACAGCAAACCCUUCAAAUGCCUUUACUGCCCCAGCAAGUUCACACUGAAGGGAAACCUCACCAGACACAUGAAGGUCAAACAUGGAGUCAUGGACAGAGGGCUGGAUGAAAGACUGUUUAGGCAAAGGGGACGAUACUGCCUGUCUACUCCAAUGGGCCUCCUUACCCGCUUCAGCCAGGAGGAGCCAUUCGACCUUUCCCAGAAGCCCUCGGGCCUCCCCAGCCUCCGACUCUCACAGUCUGAUGGUGAGAGCGUCCCUGGGAGCUCGUGUCAGGAGGAAGAUGAGGAGAGUUUGUACAGGAGGAGCCCGUACAGCCCCGAGCCGGACCACCACGAGCCAGCGGGAGAAGAGCAGUACUCCCCUGAGCUGGAGGAGAGAGGGCAGGGGUCUCCAGCUGAACUACGACCAAAGAAGAAGCAGAGACAAAUGUAUCAGGAUAGUUUAGAAGAAGAAGAGACAUAUGAGAGGCAGUCAGAGACAGAGGAGCAGGCUGUAGACUCCAGGGGGGAGCAGGACCAUCUCCUACAGUCAGAACACACAUCUGAGUUAGAUUACGAGUCUCAUUCAGAGCUUGGAGAGGACCAAGAGACAGGCUGCAGACAGUAUGAUUCUGACUCAGAUUCUGAGCUAGAUAACCACCAGGAGCUAGAUCAUGAAGAGCAAAGUGAACAGCAGAUUCUUAGCAUUUGUGACUAAACCUACCAUGAGGCAGAGAGGAACCAAAGCAGAUUAGGCUUAUUAAGUGAAAUCAUGUGAGCACCAUUAGUGCGAAAUGAAGAAGAAGAAGCACAAUAAUAAUAGAAGUCAGACGAUGAAAUAGAAGAAGUUAAUCAGUGCCAGGUCUACUCGUCAGUUAAAUGGAUUGUUCAUGUUUUUUUUAUUAAUGUAAGCCCACAGUGCAGUUUGUUGUCAUGUCUAAGCAGAGGCUUGCCACUAGCUGGAAGUAGCACUGCUAAAUUGCUACUGCCAUAACGCUCUACUACGCGGCUGUAAACCAGCACUGUAGUAUCUUGCAGCAUGUAGCAGUUUAGAUGUAUUUUAAUCUAGAAAAUGGAGAUAAACAGUAUGCAGACUCUGUGAACUCUUGUUUGGUCGUGUUAAAUAUACUGUGCUAAAUUUUGACUCUUUUCUGAGGGAUUUUGCAGUUCGCCCAGGAACAUUUGAGUUCAUUUCUGAAUAAAAAUUGGUUAUGGAUGAGGUGCUGUUUAAGCUUAGCACUGUAACAAGAAAUACAAUUAUAUAGUUUUGUCAAUUAAAUAAAUACAACUGACAUAUAAAGCUGUGAAGCAUUCUGCAUGUAGACAACAUAUCAUUCAUAAUCACUGAUACGUCAAUGUUCAUUGAUUGGCGGAAAGGUUCUGUGAGGGUUAAUCUUUUUUUGUACAUAAAAUAAAAAUCAUAUUUAAUGUUUAUUUUUUUUUCUUUAAAAUAGUUUUAUAAUAUUGAAUAACAAAAGUCACGUUUGAGUUUUCUUUAUAUGUUGCCCUUGUAUUUUGUGUAAAUGUAUGAGGUCAAAAUCAAUACUGUGUUAUUUCUGAGUCUUUUGUUUAUGUUUUGGGGAGAUUUUCUUAUUUUUUUGUUCAUUUGUUGGUGGGAUUUUGUACUUAAAUUGAGAUUUGGGUGUAACAUUGUUAUUUACACACAGACAGACUUGGACAAGCUUGAUGUAUCAUAUCCAUUCAGUGUCUUUAUGAAAUAAACUGCAAACUGUGUUUGAA